AUGACCUCAUUGCUCGCUAUCAAGGAUGGACUCAACAUCAAUUGCGUGGAUCCAUUAGGAAGGUAUGGUCACACUCAGCUCCUCCUGCAAAUUAUUCGUUUCAAUAUUAUCAAGUAA